AGCUCAGUAUUUACUUGGCAACCGUUUGAUGUGGGAGUGCUGAUCGCUCAUCCCAAAUAAAUCGCGGACUUAGCUUACAGUGUUUAUCUCUUCCACAAAAUAAAGAAAAUAAAGAUACGUUAUACGCUUAAAUUGGUUUCAAAAUAUAUUAAAUGCGAAUGAACCAAAAUGCUUUUGGUUAACUUUUUAAGGAAUGCAUAAAAAGAGUCGAAUAAAAAAAAACGUGACUUAGAAGAAAGAAAAAGGUUGGGAUGUGUUGAGAACAACAACAAAUGGGAACAUUGAAAAAAAAACUAACUAUAAAAGUUUGCAAUUUUUUAACACUUGUAUAAAUAGUGGAGUGAUACAUUUUAUGUAGUUAUUUGUAGACAUCGUUUACAAUUCUGUCCUCUUCAAUUUUGUAGAAUCAAUGUUCUUUAAUGAAUCUUUACAUGUGUGGUGAUAAGAAAAAGUUAUACAGGGGCAGGUCAGGCGGGUAAUUACACUAUUUUUAGCCAAGAACGGAAAUGGCUGUGUAUGUAUUUGCAUUGACAUGGUACAACAACCAGUCUCCUGUCUGCUAUAAAUCAUUUUUUUUUAACGAACGCUUUUCAACACUUCCAAAUAAACGGUUUGAUUAACGCUUGACAUAAAAAGAAUUGUUUUAAUGUUUCAUUUCACUUGUAGAAAUUGCUUUGGACAGGAUGUAGAGGGAGCUUUUCAUUGGCUUGGUUUGUUGCUUUGAUUUUCGGUCAUAAUCAUAUGAUUCAUCUUCAUUAAUGACAUUUGUCAAAAGAUCCGGAUUAGUUUUGAGCUGUCCGUAGUUAAAUUUGGCAUCAUGUAGAACGAAAUAAAAACAAAAAAACCUUAGAAAAAAAUCACAGUAGGGGAGAGGCGGGAAAUCACACACAGCAUCAUUGAAUGUCGACGCAACUUAAUUGUCAAGUGUCACAACUCUGUUGUAACUUUCUCUUCUACGCUUGUGUUUUUUUGGAGCAUUUUUGUAUGGAAUUUAGCGCCUUACGAUUCUCUGCCCUUCAAGAAAAUAGAAAAGGGAAACAUUUUCAGAGCUUUCCCGUUAUUUAGAAAGAGUAUGUGAAAUACAAUUCGAAACAAUUCUUCGGGAAAUUAAUUUAAGUUUUGGAAAGAUAGUAUUUUGUGGGGCUAGGUUUGGGGUGAUUUUUUGGCCUUGAGAUGGCUUUUUUUGGUUUGGCAUUUGUUCAGUUUGUGUGGAGAAAAGGGCAAAUCCCAUCAAAGGUGUGCAUCUCGGAUUCUAUGGUUUACUAAAACACGUAUACACCAUACAAUAGGUACUAUCUUGGCAACCUAGGUAAUAUUUCAGGUGGUCAUGAUUUAUGUCCAAAAUACUUUCAAAGAAAAUGUGAAUUUUAUCGUAAAUAUCGUGAGUGGAGGUUUGUUAUUCAAAUAUUUUAUAAAUUCCAUUAGUUCCUGAAUAGUGACUAAUUGUACUCUAUAAAUGAGUGCGAUUGUUCUCUGGAUUGGAUACAUCUGCGGAAAACUCGACGUAGCCAACAUGACUAGACUAAUAAUCGUUUUGAUUAUUUCUAUACAUUUUGCUAUGUCUAAAAAAGUUACAGACGAUCAAGGUGUUGAUUAUUGCAGUUUAUCUUGUGAAAAUAGUGCACAUACAGUAUGUAUACGGAGAAAAGCGAGAUGCGGACCGGCAGCACAUUGUAAUUCAUUUAUGGAGUUUUUAAACGACGAAUCCAGACAAUACAUUUUGGAUAUUCACAAUCAUCUACGAAAUCAAAUAGCUCUUGGAUUGGAAACGAGAGGUUUUCAACCUCCAGCAUCAAACAUGAAUGCUCUCGUUUAUAGCAAAAAUUUGGAAUAUGUCGCACAAUGUUUAACAAAUACUUGUCAAUAUGCGCAUGACGUUUGUCGAAUAACUCAUAAAUAUCCUAGUGUUGGACAAAAUAUAGGAGUAAAGUGGUUCUCUGGCAAAAAAUAUGAUAAUUACAAAACAGUUAUAAACGAAACAAUCUAUUCAUGGUACGAACAAGUAACGUCUUUUAAUUCCUCGUGGGUGGAAAAUUUCCCAGAUGAAAGAGGAAUCGAAGCUUACGCUCAAUUGGCAUGGGCUAACACCUUAGAAGUCGGAUGUGGAUUGACGUUCUGGUCGGAGGACGGUUGGCAUAUAUAUUUUUUCGCUUGUAACUACGGUCCCGCGGGAAACUUACCUGGAGCUCCAAUGUACGCGAUUGGCACCGCCGCUACCGAUUGCUCGGAUGGUAUGGAACCCAAUAAAAAAUUCAAAGGAUUGUGUGGACAAGAUAGAAUCAAUAAGAAGGAAUCACUUUAUUGAUGUUUUUAUCAAAUAUUUGUUCGAGUUGUAAAUUGAUAACAUGAUAAAUUAAUAAAGUAUUUUGUUUUUAA